CUUCCUUGGUGUGUGCAUGAAUUUGCGUGGCCAUAUUUAAUUUGCAGGCAAUUAGAAUAACCAAAGGCGGCUUCGCUAGGCUUCCAUUUUUGGCCUUUCAAUUAAAAAAUUAUUGAUUAUUUAUUGCUUGCUUUUUGUGUUUUUGGUUCCCUAUCCAUCGUUGCUUCUUCCCUUCCCACCCUUUAAGAUUAUUGCCUCUUUACGCUUUAUUUCCUUUGUUCACAUUCUUCCUUCCACCUUUUCCUUUACUUCCUUUUUCCUUUCAAUUUUUUUGCUUUACAUUUCUCAUGUUUCUCUUUUUUCUAUUAUCUCUGUUUUAGAUCUCGGAGAUCUUAACUCAAGUAAAUUUAAUUUCACAAGAAAUUUAGCAGAUCGAAAGAUUUUUUCUUUUUUUAAAAAUGGCGGAGGAGCAUAGAUGCCAAACGCCGGAAGGCCACCGUCUUUGCGUUAACAACUGCGGCUUUUUCGGAAGUCCGGCGACAAUGAAUCUUUGCUCUAAAUGUUAUAGAGAUUUCCGUCUUAAAGAACAACAGGGAGCUACUUCCAUCAAAUCAUCUCUUUCUUCCUCUCCUUCGUUUUCGUCUUCGUCAGUCGUUGUCGAAUCCGUUUCUCAGGUUCCGCUGUUCAAUCUGCCUGAAUUCAUUGGAGAAUCGCCAGUUCCUGCGGUGGAGGUUGCCCUGGUGGCUGAGCAACGGCCGCAACAGCAACAACCGAAUCGAUGCAUGGUUUGCAGGAAACGGGUCGGGUUGACCGGGUUCAGGUGCAAAUGCGAGAUUACAUUUUGCGGGUCCCAUAGGUAUCCAGAGAAUCACGGGUGUACCUUCGAUUUCAAGAAGGUUGGGAGAGAGGAGAUUGCACGCGCAAAUCCACUGGUCAAAGCAGAGAAGCUGGAGAAGAUUUGAGAUGAAAGUGGAAAGCCAUUGGAUCCCUCGACUUUCGAUGAAAGAAAAAAAAAAGCAAAUGAAAAUGAUCUCUUUGAGAUUGCGACACGUGUUUAGAUGUAGUCCCCACCAUUAAGAGAAACGAAUUAGGCUGGAUAAAAUUAUUUUCAUCCUAAUAGGUUUUCUUAAAAUAUAUAUAAUAUUUUAAUUUAUGUGCCUCUUUUAGUCUUUCUCUUUUGUAAAAAAAGACUUUUUUUUUUUUUUUCUUUUCCAAGUUUUUUCCUUUUUUAUUUAUCUGGAGUGGAAAAAUGAAAGAAAAAUGAAAAUUGGAAUGUAGAUUAUGUUUUCAAUUAUUGAUGUGUAACUGUGGUGGAAGCCACCAAUUUCGAUAGCUAUUUCCUCGAAUUGAAUGUGAGUGUUAUCUUUUCAAAAGACAUAAA